AAAUACUAUCUGUGAUUCCUGAGCCUGGGGUGCUUAUUGUAAGCAACUCUAGCAUGUAUAUAAUGUAAGUAUGUAAAAGAAGAUAAUUAUUAAAUGCAUUGAUUGUAUCUUGACACUGUUAUUAUUAUUUUUUUCCUAAAAUAUCUUGUGAAUUUACUGUUUUUCAUUUAAUUGUAUUAUUAUUUUUGAAUAUCUGUUAGUUUUGUUUGGUUAAUCUGAGAAAGUGAUAGCAUUCCUUGUUGGAGAAAUUCAGUGAAAGAAUGCAAUAUUUCGUUAUCUUCAUUGCCCUUGUUAUUCAUCCAAGAAUCUGGAUGAAUGAAAUUAUGUAAUCAAGAAUUUUAUUUGAACUAUAAUAAAUUUCUUGUAGUAUUUGUAAAUGAGUUAUUUAGAAGAUAAUGCUAUGAUGCAUAACUAAUUUAGAAGUGUUUGUAUUUUCAGCAUGUAGGAUAAAAAAUAUUUAUUGUGCUAAUUUUGCAUAAAAUAUUGACAUUUUUAUAGAGAAUCUAUUAGACAUUAAAAAGACAUUGAUUUAUCAACCUAUAGUAGAAGUUGCUUCCAGUCUUCCAUGUUACUUUUCAAUUUUUUAAAUUUUCAAUAAAUACUUCUAAUAGAAGUGUAAGUAUUGUCAUGUUUUUAUUCAAAACAGUUCCUUUCCUUAUUGAAAAGCAAUUACUAAGUGCUUUUCUGAGGUAAAUAUAUAAAAUCAUGUUCUUUUGACUUGACAUUUCAUAUGCUCCAUUUAAAUGGAUAAGAUGGAUGAACAUCCAUGUACAGUACUAGUAUCUGAAUUAGACUAAAAAUACUGCUAAGAAAAGAUAUGCAAGUGAUAAUGGAUGAUUUGAUCUAUCCACCUAAGUGUAGGGAAAUGGAUUAAGCCAAGAAGAAGAAUGACUCAGCAUUACUUCCAUAUUUGCUGUUUAAUUAUUGCUGAGGUUUACAAGAAAUGUACUGUUGUAGCCUGGGUCUAGAUUUGGUAUCUUACACAGUGCAGUAAGUGUCAAAGAGUUCAUUUCUGGUGUAUUAAAAAUUAAUUGUAAUAUUUUUUUAAAUUAUCUUUAAGUGGUUGGUUACUUAUUCCUUCAAUUAUUUAACUUAUUCAUUACUCCCUGAAUCCUGUAAAUGGUAAAUGACUGAGUUUUUUCUAUUUAAAAUUUUUUAAAGUUACAGUUAAAACUAUUUAAAUAGAAAUUUUGUUAACCUUCUGGCAUAUACACUACAUCUCGGAUAAAGUCAGAAUAUACCUAAGAAGAUUAAAAUUUAUCAGAAUAGUCUUAUCCAGUAUUAUGUUUUUAUUUAUUUUUAGAAUUUGUGGUUUGUUGAGUGGCUGUAUUAUUUGUUCUGUGUAAUGAAGAUUGGAUCAUUAUGCAUAUCACAGACAUAGAGCAUGUAGAAUUAAUAUAAUCCUGGUAAACAAAAUCAGUUUUUAAUAUAUAUGGUUUUAAUGGCAAAUUAUUUGAAAUAAUAUUUCAUACAAUAGGGUGGUAAUGAAAAUUGUCAUUGCGAAUCAUUUAUAUGUUCAUUCUCUCAGAAUUUGGAAAACAUUUUCAACCUGAGAGCAAUGUUUAAAUGUUGCUCUCAGCAAUGGAAUGGAACCUUCCAACAAUUCAGACAACUGUUAUGUAUUUUAACCAUACUUUUUGUUCAUUUUCUCAUAAUUUAAGAAGUAAUAAAAGAAAACGUAAUGGAAACCAGACUUGCAUAAGAUUUUCAAAACUAAGUCGUAAACGUGUAAUAAAAUUAACAUGUGCGAAAGGUGCAGAAGAGUGCUGGCAAACACUUAAAUCACUGGAAUCUUUUUAUAAAUUUUCAAUUUUGAUCAUAAACUAGGUUUUAAUGUGUUUUUCAAGUGAUAAUACUGUUAGAUAUAUUGUUUAUUUUCAAUACUAUUCAACACUGACGCCCAGUGAAGAUAAUUUACAAAUUUCUUGUCAUCUAUCUGUUUUUCUUACAAUUAUCUGCCUAACAAUUUUCAGUAUGAGAGUUUAGAGAAAUUAAAUUUAACAGUGUCAACGGAUAACAGUGCAAUGUCGGAGGGUUAAAGUUUUGUCAAUGUGGAUUUAGAAGAUAUGAAGUUAAAUGUCAAAGUAAUGAUAUUUGCCUAAGAUGCAGCAAAUUGUUAAAAAUUUGUUUGUCUCAAAAACUAUUUUAUAUUCAGUGUAUAUUGCUCUUUGGGUGUUUGUGAAAUAUUUUGUAUAUUUGUGGGUAAAAACACAUUAAUGAUAAUCAUCUUGUUCUCAUCUUUUGUUUUUUAAGCAAAAGAAGAAGAUAGUAUACAUUUGUUUGCUAUGCCAGAGAUAUCUGUAAUGAUACAAACAAAUGUCCUCUCCAAAAGCUGUUACAUUGAGUGCAGAAAUCAGCUAUUCUCAAACAUGUUUUAUUAUAUGCUGUAAAGAUGUCAGAUCCCUUUACCUUUAAUAGUAUAAUUUGCACAAAAAUAUUGAUUAAAAAGAUGUUUUGUGGAAAGAAAUGUUUGUGUGAUAUCAAAAAUAAUUUCGGUUUGUAGAUACACACUCAUUGCCAAUUGUUUAUCCAUUUUUGUCCUGCUAACUAAGAAAAAAGUAUUAUUUUCUGUGAGUAAUUUCUCUUUGCCUUUCAUAAUUUUUCUGCUGGCAAUUUCAAAGUUGAUGGAAAAAAUGACAAGUAUUUUAAUGAAAAUACAGGUAACAAAGCAAGUUUUAUGAUUGCACAUGAUAAUAACACAAUCAUUGUACCUUAAAUUAUUCAUUGCUGCUGUGUUUAAGGCAGCAUCAUGGUUCAUGUUUGUGGGAAGUGCAUUGCACAUUAAGUGAUCUAGCCUUGAUACACAGAUUGGCAAGAGUGAAUGUCUGUGAGAUGUAAUGAUGUAUAUGAAUGUGAUAUAGACAGUAAUUUGUAAUUAACAUGUAAAGUACCAUGUAUCACUUUAUUAUGCAAAGACUGGAAAGUAAUAAAUAUUAUUUUCAUUUUGCAAAAAAAAAAAAGUGUCAUUGGGUCACCAAAUGUUUAUUUAGUGGCACAUGUGUAAAAGUAGUAAAAAUUGUAAUUCAUAAAUUGUUUAUACACUAUGUAUACUUCCAAAUGUAUAAGUUUCCUUGAAAUAUGAAAAUAGUGUACUUAUAUGUUAAUAGAAUUGUGUUAUACCAUUUUCUCCUCAUUCAUUUUAAAUAUAAUAUUUCAAGGUGUAUUUUAGUUUUAAUCAUCCCAUUUUUAUUGUACCGUAUUAGCUCAAGGAAAAUAUGAAGGCUGUAAAUUAUGAAAAAGUUUGUGGCGUAAAACAUGUUUCUAUACUUUUUAUAUCUUUGAAUUGCAUUUAAAAAUGAUUGCACAGAUAUUAAAACAGUUUGUGUUUAAUAAACAGUUGCACAGGUUAUUAAAAAAGCAUAGAAUCAAUUAUGAAACUACGGGAAUUAUUUAACUGUCAUCAGAAAUUCUCCUUGUAUUUGAACUUUGAAAACUGCUCAAGCGUAUUAAUAGUAUGAAGCUUAAUAACAUAACUGCCAUUGGAUAAGGAUGUUUGCAGCAAUGAUGGCUCAAGGGGUUUAAAACAAAUUGACAGACUCUGUCAUUUGCAAACACUAGUAAGCCCAUAGGCGCAAGUUUCAUUUGCCGCAGCUGUGCUAUUCUGUGUAGUCGUCAUGCCUCCUCCCGAAUUUCAGAAUCAUGAUUAUGUUAAAGGGCCAGAUCACAAUGAACACAGCAAAACAUUGCUCCUUGCAUUGUUGAAAAAUUUUAGCUUCCUCACCAUUGUUCAGUUUCACUUGGGCAAAAACGCAUUGACAAAGAAAGUUACAGUAUUUUUAAGGCUAUUACAUAAUAUUUAAAUUCAUUUAUUUUUAGGCAGGAUCCUAGGCUUUGAGACUCAACAGUGGCUCUAUUGCUAGGUCAAAUUCAGUUCCUGUCUGGAGGAGAUCUCUAGCAACCAGCUGCACUGUUUGGUAGUUUUCCUCAUUUUUUUCCAUAAAUAACAGGUGGAUGUUAGAGUGGUACCCUAACAAAUGGGCCAUGAUCUUAUCUUCCCCUUUAUUCGUUGUAUCUUAUCCCCUUUACUCACCACAAAUGCUAGGAGACCAGUUGUAAGAUUAGAGCUUGUCCUGGCAGGGGUGGUGC